UGUUAUUGCAUCACAAACCCUAACUGCAACUUCUCAUCAUCAUCUUCUCUCUGAAUCUCUUUUGGCUCUAAUUAUGGCAGCGAAACGAUGUCAUGAUGAAUCAGGUUCCGACCCAGAUCACCUAAUUGAGAAACGAAAGAGAACUAGGCCUUCUUUUGCAUCAGUAAUUACAGAAGCGGUUGUGGUGAAUUCUUUACAGAACUUCUGUAUGGCCUUGGAGCCAAUGCUCAGGCGAGUGGUGAAUGAAGAAGUGGAGAGCAGUCUGAAAAUGCAUUUAUCACGCCCUUUCACUCGGUCUCCUUCGUUGCGAAUCCAGGCACCUGAGCCAGUACCAUCAAGCCUGCAACUAAUGUUUAGCAAAAAUCUUUCACUCCCAAUAUUUACAGGGAGCAAAAUCGUUAAUACAGAUAGCUCUUUCCUUCAAAUCCUUUUAGUAGACACUAGAGGUGAUGUAGUGGUUCCAACUCCUCCUCCAAUCAAAAUAGAAAUCGUCGUUCUUGAUGGAGAUUUCCCUUCUGAUGAUCGGAAUACUUGGACUAGUGAAGAAUUCUACAAAAAUAUAUUGAAGGAGAGAACCGGCAAGAGGCCUUUGCUUGCAGGAGAUUGCUUGACGGUCACUUUAAGAGAUGGAAUUGCAGCACUCGGAGAGAUUGAGUUCACCGAUAAUUCGAGCUGGAUUAGAAGCAGGAAAUUUAGGCUUGGUGCAAGAGUGGUUCCGGGGAGCUUCCACGGUGCUCGGAUUCGUGAAGCAAUGACUGAACCUUUUGUUGUCAAGGAUCAUCGAGGAGAAUUGUACAAGAAGCAUCACCCACCAAUGUUGGAUGAUGAGGUCUGGCGUCUUGAGAAGAUUGGGAAAGAUGGAGCUUUCCACAAAAAGCUAGCUGCUGAAGGCAUUAACUCGGUGCAAGAAUUAUUGAAAUUGUUCAUUGUCAACCAACAAAAGCUUAGGAGGAUUUUAGGUCCUGGAAUGUCUGAGAAAAUAUGGGAAGCAACAAUAAAGCACGCAAAGACAUGUGAUCUGGGAAACAAACAUUACGUUUUUCAUGGAGAGAAUUUUAGUGUCACAUUGAACCCUAUAUGUCAAGUUGUUGCCGCCAUUAUUAAUGGGCAAACAUACUCUACUAGGGAUCUUCCCAGAAUUAAUAGGGGCUUCAUUCACAAUUUGAUUAGACAAGCAUAUGAAAAUUGGAACUCAUUACAAGAGGUUGUUGGAGUUUCAAGUGAGAUUGCUUUGCUUACACAAGGUGAGGUAGUGGAGGAGUACCCAAAUCAACACAGGGCAAAAACAUUUUAUAACCAAAUUGGGCACUCAUCUGAUCAUAGAUACAUUGAGAUGGGGGACCAAUACCAACCCAGCAAUCUUGCAAAUCCGGGUUACAGCAAUUGGCAAAAUGCUGCACCAGUUAGUCUAGGUAUCCGUUAUAGCUUCUCCGAGUCAUCAUCAGACAGUGAAUUGACACCUAGGUCUUACAUCAAUGGGAAUUGAUGGUAGAUUUAGGUAUCAACUGAAAUGUAAAUAGAAAACAAAAAAAGUCAAAGUUGCUUAAGAGAAAUAUAAUAAAUAUAUUUUUUGUAAAAUAUAUUUUCACUGGAAAAAAAUUGCUGAUGUUGCCAUAUUGAAAUGUUUUGGCAAAAUAUUAAUUGGAGUUUACCAGGUCAUAUAGAUACAAAAGUAUAUUAUAAUCAAUUGGCACCAUCUUGUGGUCCAACAUUGAUUACUUAAAUUCAGUUACAUUUGCCUAA